GAGGGUCUGAGACGAAGCAAAGAAGAAGAAAAGAAAGGGCGACCUCUGAGUUGUCUGUGAUGGCUGGGUUUGUUCUUCAAGAGAUCGGCGGUGGCAACAUGUUUUGCAGAUGAGUUUGUUAGUUUAGGAAUUUUUCAUUUUUUUCUACUGAAAACUUUAAACGACUCACCGUUUAUGCGAUUACAGCUAGCUCAAAUAACUAUAUGAACACUAUUUCCAUGACUAUAACUCAGUGAUUCCUUGGAGAACAAUGCUCAACCCAAACGGCGUCGUUUGCAGACUCAGGAAAUUACAGCUUCUUGUUCAUUGUUGCCCAAUACUGAAACCCAAAACUAACAGUAAUUCUGUUCCAUCAUUUUGUUUUGGCUCAGCUUCGAAAUCCACUGGCUUGUAUUCACUAAACAAAAAGAUAUCGCAUUUGGUCCGUACUGGUCGGCUUAGUGAGGCCAGAGGUGUGUUUGAUAACCUGAAGCAUCGAAACACAGUCUCUUGGAAUUCGAUGAUCAGUGGGUAUGUUAAACGAGGAGAAAUGGGCAAUGCACGGAAACUGUUUGAUGAAAUGCCUGAAAGAGAUACCGUGUCGUGGAAUUUGAUGAUUUCGGGUUAUAUAUCGUGUCGUGGAAAAGGGUAUAUUGAGGAAGGGAGGAACUUGUUUGAUAAGAUGCCGGAGAGAGAUUGCAUUUCGUGGAACACGAUGAUUAGUGGCUAUGCAAAGAAUGGGAGGAUGGAUGAGGCAUUACGGAUUUUUAAUAGUAUGCGUGAGCGGAAUGUGGUUUCUUGGAAUGCUAUGGUUACUGGGUUUUUACGUAAUGGUGAUGUGGUGCGUGCCAUCGAGUAUUUUGAGAGAAUGCCGGAAAGGGAUGCGGCUUCUCUUAGUGCAUUUGUAUCGGGUCUUAUUCAGAAUGAUGAAUUGGAUAAAGCUGCAAGAGUUCUGCUUGAAUUUGGUAAUAAGGAUGAAGGGAGAGAAGAUUUAGUGCAUGCAUAUAAUACUUUGAUUGCAGGUUAUGGUCAGAGGGGAAGGGUUGGAGAAGCUCGGCACCUUUUUGAUCAGAUUCCAUUUUAUGGUGAUCGUGGGAGAAAGGGAAGCAGGAGGUUCAAGCGAAAUGUGGUGUCAUGGAAUUCUAUGAUUAUGUGCUAUGUUAAAGCAGAAGAUAUUGCUUCUGCCAGGGAAAUUUUUGACCAAAUGACCGAAAGAGAUAUUAUUUCAUGGAAUACUAUGAUAAGUGGCUACGUGCAUUCGUCAAAUAUGGAAGAGGCCUCAAAUCUCUUUGGAAAAAUGCCGAAUCCUGAUACCCUGUCUUGGAAUACAAUGGUCUCAGGGUUUGCAGAAAUUGGUAGUUUGGAACUUGCCAAUGAUUUCUUCAGGAGGAUGCCCCAGAAAAACCUGGUAUCGUGGAAUUCCAUGAUAGCAGGGUAUGAGAAAAAUAAGAACUAUAAAGGAGCGAUUAAGCUCUUCACUCAGAUGCUACUUGCAGGAGAGAAACCUGAUAGACACACUUUGUCUUCAGUUCUCAGUGUGAGUACUGGGCUGGUUGAUCUUCACCUGGGUAUGCAAAUUCAUCAGCUGGUAGCGAAGACAGUUAUUCCAGAUGUGCCAAUAAAUAACUCUCUCAUUACCAUGUAUUCAAGAUGUGGGGCAAUAAAUGAGGCCCAGACCAUUUUUGAUGAGAUGAAACUGUGGAAAGAUGUGAUCUCUUGGAAUGCAAUGAUUGGAGGUUACGCAUCUCAUGGUUUUUCUGAAGAGGCUCUGGAACUUUUCAAAUUGAUGAAGAGGCUUAAUGUACGGCCUACAUAUAUAACAUUCAUUUCAGUUCUGAAUGCGUGUGCUAAUGCAGGAUUGGUUGAAGAAGGCCGGAAGCAGUUCAAGUCCAUGUCUAGUGAAUAUGGUAUUGAACCACAGGUUGAACACUUUGCUACACUUGUAGACAUUGUGGGUCGGCAUGGGCAGCUUGAGGAGGCCAUGGAUUUGAUCAAUAGCAUGCCCUGUGAACCAGAUACGGCUGUGUGGGGUGCAUUGUUAGGUGCUUGUAGGGUGCAUCACAAUGUAGAGUUGGCCCGAGUUGCGGCUGAAGCAUUGAUGAGACUUGAACCUGAAAGUUCAGCGCCGUAUGUUUUGCUAUAUAAUAUGUAUGCUGAUGUGGGACAGUGGGACAAUGCAGCAGAAGUGAGAAUGAUGAUGGAAAAUAAUAAUAUCAGAAAGCAACCAGGGUAUAGUUGGGUAGAUUCUUCACAUAACUAAUGAUAAUUUUGCAUUGAUAAAAUCAAUGCAUCGAGUAAUUGGAUUCAAUGGAGUCAUUUUCCCAACUGUUUAUGUCCGUUUCCUCUGAUCAAGAGAAGAUAAAAUCAGUCUACAGAAUUCAGUAUACUUGUUUGAAUCACUUUUGAAAGACAGAGAGAGAAAAGCUGCAUUACCUGCACUCUUGGAUGAACUUGUUUGCUUCUGGAUGGGGGUGAUUCAGAUGAGAUAAGGAAAAGGUUAGCAAGAGUACCUAAGAUGAUUAAAGAGGUUGCCAGAGUUCUAACUGAUGGUGAAGAUCUACCAGGAUUUUUGAGGAAUCAUUUUGUUGGCCUCCUUAACAGUAUUGAUAGAAAAAUGCUCCAUGCUGAAGAUACUUCGCUGCAGCAACAAGCUUUAAAGCAUAUUGAGAUCCUUAUUAAAAUGAUGGGUUCUCACCUUAGUACUUAUGUGCCAAAACUAACGGUUCCUCUUAUGCAUGCUAUUGAUAAAGAACCACAGCAAAGUGAGGGUGUCUCCAUCUUGCAUUUCUUCAUUGAGCAGCUAGCAAAAGUAUCACCAUCUAGCACGAAACAUGUAAUUUCUCAAGUUUUUGCUGGUCUUAUUCCUUUCUUAGAGAGAGAGAAAGAACAUCCUUCAAAUAAUUUGGAUAGAGUGGUGAAAAUUUUGAAAGAACUUGUUUUAAAAAACAAGGUUGUCCUAAAGGAGCACAUUCGUGAGUUCCCUCCAUUGCUUAGAAUUCCAGCUCUGACAGAAGUUAACAAAGCUAUACAAGAAGCGCGUGGAUCAAUGACUUUAAAGGAUCAAUUAAGAGAUGUUGUUGAUGGUUUGAAUCAUGAGAACUUGAAUGUGCGCUAUAUGGUAGUCUGCGAGUUGAGCAAGUUGCUAAACCUAAGAAGGGAGGAGGUUACAGCUCUAAUCACAGCUGAAGCUCGUUCAGACAUGGAUGUUUUGAGCUCUUUGAUCACAUCCUUACUAAGAGGAUGUGCAGAAGAAUCAAGGAAUGCAGUAGGACAGUGGCUGAAGCUGGUCUGUGCUGGUUGCCUUGGAGCACUAGGUGCAGUUGACCCUGCCAAAGUGAAGGGUUUUACACGCCAACGUUUUAAGAUUGAAUGCUCUGAUGAUGAUCUUAUCUUUGAGUUGAUCCACAAGCAUCUAGCCAGGGCUUUCAGAGCUGCACCGGACACCAUUAUUCAAAACUCGGCUGCGUUGGCUAUACCGGAGCUUCUAAAAAUUGCAGGUUGUGAGGCAUCACUGGAUGCCAGUGCUGCUGCUUUUAUGUCACGGAAAUUGAAGGAUAAUAAAUCUUUGGAUAAUAGAAGGGGUCAAAAACUAUGGGACCGGUUCUCUAAUUAUGUUAAAGAGAUAAUUGCCCCUUGCUUGACAUCUAGAUUUCAGCUUCCAAAUGUGGCUGAUUCUGCAUGCACCGAACCAUUUUUGAUGUGGGGCAAUAAAUAACUCUCUCAUUACCAUGUAUUCAAGAUGUGGGGCAAUAAAUGAGGCCCGGACCAUUUUUGAUGAGAUGAAACUGUGGAAAGAUGUGAUCUCUUGGAAUGCAAUGAUUGGAGGUUACGCAUCUCAUGGUUUGUUUGUAGAGGCUCUGGAACUUUUCAAAUUGAUGAAGAGGCUUACUGUACGACCUACAUAUAUAAUGUUUAUUUCAGUUCUGAAUGCGUGUGCUAAUGCAGGAUUAGUUGAAGAAGGCUGGAAGCAAUUCAAGUCCAUGUCUAGUGAAUAUGGUAUUGAACCACGGGUUGAACACUUUGCUACACUUGUUGAGAUUGUGGGUCGGCAUGGGCAGCUUGAGGAGGCCAUGGAUUUGAUCAAUAGCAUGCCCUGUGAACCAGAUAUGGCUGUGUGGGGUGCAUUGUUAGGUGCUUGUAGGGUGCAUCACAAUGUAGAGUUGGCCCGAGUUGCAGCUGAAGCAUUGAUGAGACUUGAACCUGAAAGUUCAGCACCAUAUGUUUUGCUAUAUAAUAUGUAUGCUGAUGCGGGACAGUGGGACAAUGCAGCAGAAGUGAGAAUGAUGAUGGAAAAUAAUAAUAUCAGAAAGCAACCAGGGUAUAGUUGGGUAUAUUCUUCACAUAACUAAUGAUAAUUUUGCACUGAUAAAAUAAAUGCAUCGAGUAAUUGGAUUCGAUGGAGUCAUUUUCCCAACUAUUUAUGUCAGUUUCCUCUGAUCAAGAGAAGAUAAAAUCAGUCUACAGAAUUCAGUAUACUUGUUUGAAUCACUGUUGAAAGACAGAGAGAGAAAAGGCAGAUCAGGAUCAACUUAAAUGAAUUAUUUAUACACUGCUCCUGAUGUUGGUUGAAUUCAAAUGAAGGAAGACUAUAAUUGAGAAAAGCAAGUGAAAUCAACUUUUUUGUACUGGCAUAUUUGCUUUUCUGAAUGAUCAUAUAGAAGGGCAGAGGCGUUAUAAUGAUGAUGGAUGGGGCAAACUCCGUGAAUAUCGAAUUAUAGACGCUGCUGCUGCAGAUCUUUUAUAGUUUGAAGGCUUUCAAAAUUCUUCCUAUUUGUUUCACUCAUAAGCAUCACAAUGUGUCCCCUCAGUUGGAUGGCCCAAAGGAAAUACAAUUGUUUGGACUUUUCAGGGUGGUGGUGUGGGAAUUUUUGAUAUUGUUGUUGGCAGGCAUUUUCUUCAUAGGAAGCAUCAGGAUGCAUAGGGAGAGUCUAUUGAGUUUUAAUGGCGCUUGCAUCAUGGUCUCAGAAGUCCUGUGGACUAACUGUUUGGAAUUUUCUUGACAGCUGGGGUUUUUGUGUCUCAUGUCCUUGUUUUGACAUGUUUAGCUUUAUCAAUGGUCAAUAACUUUAGCCUUUGUCUUUGAUUAGCUCAUCAUUUCAUGACUUCGUACAACCGUGAAGAUCAAUGAAUUUAAUUAAUAUUCCGGCUGAACAAUGUAUACCUGUGUACUGGAGAGUUUUUACAAGGUCAAUCACUUGCCAAGUUGGUGGUAAUUGGUAAAUUGGUCUUGUUUUAUCAUUUGAAUAAAAUGUAAAAUAUUGACUAGGGAGAUCAAUAUAAAAUUGUCAUGAAAAUGCCACAUGGACCUGA